AUGGGGGAGCGGCGGGCCGCGUCCUGGAGGCGGAGCCGGAAGUCGAUCUGCGGCUCUUGGACCUGCAGCUGUCCGUCAAACGGGUCGUGCUGCUGCGGCUUCUCGGCGCCUCGCUGGCCGGUGCCCCGGCCUCAGGGUCUCCAUGGCAGCCGCAGCCAGUGCAGCUACCGGCGGCUUAUCGACAAUUUCGAGGAGGUCCUGAGGCGGCGGCUGCGGGGUCGCUUCAGUUCUGCAUGGUUGUCCCCGUCUCUGAAGAAUGGAGUAAUAGUCUCCACGCAACGAAAGUUACCACCAGCAACUGAAGCGCGUCUGUUAUCUCAAAAGCACAAGCAGAAAAUGAAAGGGGAUACCGUGAAUGUGCGCCGCAGUGUCCGAGUAAAAACCAAAGUCCCCUGGAUGCCCCCAGGCAAAACAUCCAUCAAGGAAUCAUCUUACAAGUGGGAGGGACCAACUCAUCGCCUGGAAAUCACUCCUCCGGAUUCAGAUAAGCUACUGUCAGUGCUCCGCUUGAGUGACCUUUCUACGGAAGAAGAAGACACCAUCCACAGCAAAAUGAACAAGUACGAGAAGAAAAUAGACAGCUUGAUGAACGUGGUGGGCACAUUGAAAAAUGAGGUCAAAGUGCCAAAGCAGGAAGAGUCACGAUGCGUGGCCAAGCGUCUCCUCGAAGAGCAGAAGGAAGAGCUGGACGAGGUGACUCAGGAACUGGUCGAUUCGGAACACGAGAACGCAAUUCUCCGGCGCAAUAUUGAGCGUAUGAAAGAGGAGAAAGAUCUUUCCGUCUUGCAGAAGCGGCAUUUGCAGCACGAGAAAGAAUGUCUGAUGACCAAGCUCGUGGAGACAGAGAUGGAUGGAGCAGCGGCAGCGAAGCAGAUCCAAGCCCUGAAAGACUCAAUCAACAAGUUGAAAACAGAGAAGCAAGUCUUGAAAACGCGAAUGGAAGCCGACGAGGUGACGGUGAAACUGGAGCUCUGUGACAAAGAGAACAAAACACUUAAAGAAGAAAUGAGCAAAGAGAUUGAAAAUGCUCGCAAGGAGUUCCAGAGUCAGAUUGCCGAGCUGGAAAAGCUUCCCGAGAUCUUGAGGAUCACGGAGACCAAGCUGGCGGAAUGUCAGGAUCAGCUCAAGAGUUACGAGAAAAAGAACUCGGACCUGACGGCCAUGAUUGGGGACCUUCGUCAGCGGAUCGAACUCCAGGGAGACAAAAUGGAGAUGACGAGAGAGAAGUACCAGUCGGCCCAGGAAGAGAACAAGCACCUGAUUUUCAAGCUGGAAGAACUGGAAAGGAAGCUUGAAGCAACGAGCGCUCAGAAUAUAGAAUUCCUCCAGAUUAUCGCCAAAAGGGAGGAGUCGAUCCAUCAGUCCCAGCUGCGAUUAGAAGAGAAAACCCGGGAGUGUGGAUCCUUGGCACGCCAGCUAGAAAUGGCCAUUGACGACUCCAGGAGGCAGCUGGAACAAACAAAGGACCGGGCAGCAUCGAGAGAGAGAGCAGCCCAGUCCAAGAUGCUAGAUUUGGAGACCCAGCUGAGCCGGACGAAGACGGAGCUGAAUCAGCUACGCAGGGGCAAAGAUGAUGCAGAGCAUCGUUACGAAAGCCGCCUCCAGGACUUGAAGGACCGCUUGGAACAGUCGGAGAGCACCAAUCGUAGCAUGCAGAACUACGUCCAGUUCCUUAAGUCCUCUUACGCCAACGUCUUCGGAGACAGUGCCUUGACCAGCUCCCCAAUUCGUCCCCGCUCGCCCUUUUGAUGAGAACCUUUCCCUGCCCACCCGGCAACAGCCCAAGCCCUGUUGCUACAAGUCCAAGUACAGAAGCUGGGGAGAUUUACUUAAAGCCAUAUCUUGUUUAUAAAAACGGAGAAGUAUUUUUGGAAUCUGGGUAGCUCAAGGUUUUUUAUCAGGUUGUUCAAACAAGAUACACCUCUUGCGCUUGGGACAGAAGGUGUAACGGGGUGAGGGCAUGAAGGUCCACAUUGCUUCAUCAGCCAUAUAAAAACUGGCAAAUGUUCACGCUCUCCACCAUACCAAUCUUCUUGUGCCUUACGCUGAUUCCUUCUCUUACAGGUAACUUGGAGAAUUUCAGUCAUCUUGUACCUUCGCCAAUGUCUUGUGACUGCAAUUUGUCAGGGCUCCUUAAACUUCCAGAAUCACGUUUACCUAAUGCAGAUCCAGUGGGAUGUUUUAAUCAACUAUCUGCAGAACUGUGAACCUAUCCUCAAGGCUGUGUCUGUCUUCAAGCGGCACCCUUUGGGACAGACCGGUGCAGUGGUGGCGAACCUAUGGCACUCCGGAUGUUCAUGGACUACAAUUCCCAUCAGCCCCUGCCAGCAUGGCCAAUUGGCUAUGCUGGCAGGGGAUGAUGGGAAUUGUAGUCCACAGACCUCUGGAGUGCCAUAGAUUCGCCACCACGGGACUAGUGUGCGGGUAGGGAGGUGUGUACAGACCAUUUUUUCCCGGUAUUCUUUCCAUUAUUCCAGUGGAGCUGUAGUCAGUUCAAAGUGUGAGACUUCACCGUUGCAGGAAAGAAGCAUUUGCAGAAAAAUAGCACUUUUAAAGAGAAAGGUUUGAUUGACUGUCCUGUCCUGAAGGAGCUCUUGGGAUUCCUCUUUCAGAUUCACAUCACCCUGUUCGUUCACCAAUCUCUAAUGAGCAAGUCUGCGAGCAGUAAUUAGUUUUUGUUAUGAUUUUUUGGUUGUGAUGUUUGUAUUAUGAUCGUUGCUAUGAUUUAUCCGAUUAUUUUGUUUCUGCUUCCUGUGUGGGUGGCUCGGUGUGAUCUUGCAGGUACUGUGGGAAAGCCCUCUGUGCUGUUUCAAGUGCCUCGUAUGAUGGUUCCUGUCAUAGAGCUUAUGAUGGGUGUUGGAUUGUUGAGUGCAUUUCGUCCCUCCUCCAUGUCAAUGGCUGGGUUGCUUUUAUGCUUGUGUUUUCUGUUUUUGCAAAACAAGGUUUCUUAUGGAGAACAUAGAGCAGUGGUGGUGAACCUAUGGCACUCCAGAUGUUCAUGGACUGCAAUUCCCAUCAGCCCCUGCCAGCAUGGCAGGGGCUGAUGGGAAUUGUAGUCCAUGAACAUCUGGAGUGCCAUAGCUUCAC